GGCAGGAGAGAGAAGCCGAAAGACGAAGACAGCUUCAAGAUGCUGAAGAUGAAGCUGAAGCAGCCCAGCUCGAAGCUGAUCUGCGCAGAGAGCUCAACGAUGACCUCCAACACGAAAGGAGGAACGAUUUCGAAGAUGAGUUGUUUGCAACAAAGGAAGCCGGAAUCAGAAGUCAUCAGCGAGAAGUACAGCUGUGCUGUGAGAGGCCAGCUACCGCACCAAGCCAUGAAAUGGAGGAACGUCGUAAACAACCGGUCAAAGGUUCAGGAUCUCACCAGAUGAGGCACAACACGUCAUGGAUAGGAGAGCUGCGCAGUCCGCGUCAGACCCAGCGCGCAGAGAGCGCAGCUCCGUUUUCAGCCUUCGCGAAGAGUAUCCCAAAACUGACCCUUCCGACCUUCAGUGGUAAGGCGUCAGAAUGGCCGAGAUGGAGCGGAUUGUUCAAAGCGCUGGUGCAUGAUCAGCCGUCCCUCUCGGACACAGAAAAGAUCGCCCACCUUCAGUCAUCGGUGAGUGGACUGGCCCAGCAGACAAUUUCUGGCAUGUUAUACGAUGGAAGUCUGUACCACCAAGCGUUGAAAGCCCUCGAGGAGCGGUUUGGUCAAGAUGACGAUAUCAUCAAACACAACCUCAACAGCAUCUUCAACGCCCCAGACCCGAUGGAAGAUGAUGCAGAAGCGCUGGAAAGAUUCCAAGCGACGGUACACUGCGCCGUGACUAUCCUCCAGAGCAUGGGGGCAGAUGCUGACAUUCACAGCAGUGAUAGCCUGCAUCGGACGGUGGAAAAACUACCUCGGGACCUGAGAAGAGAGUGGGGAAAGUUCUCGCUGGGACUGAAGCCGACCAGACCAUCACUUCUAGACGUGGACUCGUGGCUGAAGACCCAAGUGAAGAUCAGCAGAAGCUGUCCCAAGGGAAAAGGGGACGGCGAAGAAGUCGGCGCCAGGCAAAGAAAGGAACGCGCCGGUGAGACCGUCCAAAGACAAACCUUCUUCGCAGUCGCCAAUCCAAAGCACAAGCAGAUGUGCUCGGCAUGUGAAGGCCAGCACGAUCUGCAGCAGUGUCAGAUCUUCAUCGGGAAGUCUCCUGAUGCCAGGCUCAAACACGCAUUCAGCCAGAGAUUGUGCCUCCACUGCCUCAGGAAGGGCCAUCGCGUGGUAGACUGCCGAAAAGCAAGGCGCUGCGAAAGGGAUGGCUGCAAGUACCGACAUCACGCCCUUCUCCACGGCAGUCGGCCAGUCAGGUCGCGACAACUUGAUGACCCAGUGACAAAGCCUGAUGCAGGCAACGAUGGAGCAGACGCAGCAGCACCGGGGGCGGCGCAUGUCCUCGACCCAGAUCCGGCGCUACAGGUGAUGUUUGUGCAGAGCAGAGUCAGCGCUGGAGAGCUCCUGUCCGAGCAGAAAGGGGAGUCGCGAUCUACAGGAGCUUCCAAGACCAAACACAGCCAGCCAGUGCCACAGUCUCCAACACGACUCCAACACGCCGCGGGACAUGCGGCCGCUCGCCCGCGUGACCCAGGUGUUGCCGGGACCAGAUGGAUGAGUCCAUUCUGUCAAGAUUGAGGUGCUGGAAGUAAAGUGUGCAAAUGCUGAGAACAGUUAUGUAAAUAUGUGUAUCGUGUUUCGUUCGCGCCAGCCGGUUAGAGAAAGCCGACGAUUGCUCGCCCUCUCCAGACGCAGCCCAGUCGAGGCCGUCUACCAGCCGAUACAUCAGCGGCGGUACUGUGUUUAGUGUUCUCGUGGAGUCGAACACGGGGGGCGGGAUGUGACCGCCGCAUGUACGUAUGAAAUGUAUAUGCACCGGCUGUGGCUCGUCGCCGGCCAGGUAGACCGCCGGGACCGGCCGGCCGCGAGGGCGCCGGCCGCCCGGGCCCGGCCUGACCGGGCCGCCUGACCCUUCCGCCGCCGCGCAGCCUGGGAGGGCCGAGACGGGCCCCCUGUUUUUGACGGCGGCGUCUGGAAUUUGUAUUGUCCACGCCGGCGUCCCCGUCCCAGGUAGGCGCGCGGACCGGCCAGGUGCGGCUAUUUUGGGACCGCUGCGCGUCGCUAGACGUGUUUUUCUUCUCCCUUCGUUUCCGGAUCUAUUCAGCCUCCCCAUCUGCGCUAUUCGUCGUGACCCCAUUUUUCGUCAUAUUUAAGCUGAUGUAAACAUGUUUCUCGCCCUGUUCUGUUCUGGCCUCCGCAGCGUGCGGACGUGCCUCUGUCCUGUCGUAGCCGUCGCACCGUUCGUUGGACACCGCAAUAUAGAAAUACCUCUUCAGUGCUGUGUCGGGAAGUGUGGAAGCAACGAGACACAGUGAGCAGCAGUGAGCGGGCGGAGUUAGAAUCGGGCGUGUGCGGC